AUGAACAACAGAGGACUUUAUGCAUUAGACUGUGACAAAAAGACUGGGAAACCAUACGAUGAUUAUCUCUGCUUCUUUCGAUGCCUUGCGCUGCAUAAUGGUAGCCGUGUCAGAAGUUUAGAAAGAGAUACUAAAACCCUAAUUGAACGAUAUUUACAAAGUUUUCCACAACAUGAAGGGUUCCAAGGAAUCAAGUUAGAGGAUCUACCAGAGCUAGAGAAGCUGUUUCAACUGAACAUUGCCGUCUAUUCUUUAGAACCUGAGUGUAACGAAGAAACUGCCCGACCUAAAAUCAUUGCUCGCCUGGUCAAGCGUUCUCAUCACAUCUUCCCUAACACACUGAAUCUGAACUUAUACAAUGAUCAUUUCUCAUACAUCAAGAGCCUAGCACGAUACUCCAAGUCUUACCAAUGUUCUAAAUGUGGAAAAUACUGGAAAAACGGCUUCAAGUUAAACCGCCAUGAACUCAAGUGCGAAGCCAAGGUCCGCUACAGAUUCCCUGGUAGUACCUAUAAAACAACAAAAACCAUCUUUGAUUUACUAAAAGAUGAAGGCAUUACCAUUCCAGAUCAUCUACGUUUCUUUCCCUACCGGGCGACGUUUGACUUUGAAUGCAUGUUUAGUCAGGACCAGUUACCUAAGAACAGUGAUAAGUUAUUAUGGCAAGCAAAACAUGUACCGAUUAGCGUCAGCGUUUGUUCAAACGUCCCUCAAUACCAACAGCCUCAGUGUUUUAUCACUAACGGUGAUAGUAAAGAACUAGUGCAAGAUAUGGUAGAGUAUCUAGUAACGAUAAGCAAGGAAAGUAACAGACUCAUGAAAGAACAGUUUGCUGAUGUAUUGACGGCGAUUGACCAGAAGAUUAAAGAUAGAGACGCAAAUGAGGAAGAAAAAACUGAGAAUGAAGACGAAUUAGAAAUUGAUGAUGAUGAUGAUGAUGAUGGCAAUGAUCGUGGUAUUGAUGUACUGGAUAGUGACAAUGAAGAUGAGGAAAGUGUGGAAUCAGAGAAUGAAGAGGACCGCGCCUUCAUUGAUGAUAAUUCAGUGGAUGAUGAUGAUUACGACCCCGCCUUUUACAGAGCAUUAGACCAGGAGCUUGGUGACAGGUUCCCAACCGUGCAAAGAGAUGAGAACAAAAAAGAAAAGAAACGACAGCACCCUCUAGUGAAACUGAAGGUCAGACUUGAAGAUUACUUGAAAGAGCUGCCUGUGGUUGGUUUCAACUCUGGAAAGUACGAUUUGAAUGCCACCAAGCAAUUCCUUUUCCCUGUUUUAACCGAGAUGGAACAAAUCCAGUUUGCCAUCAAACGGAACAACAACUGUAUGUGCCUUAAAACAGAACAUCUUCGAUUUCUUGACAUCGUUAACUUUAUUGCACCAGGGUUUAGUUAUGACAAAUUUCUCAAGGCCUACGAUUGCCCUCAAACCAAAGGUUUCUUCCCAUACGAGUGGAUGGAUUCCCUGGAGAAGCUCGAAUGUACAGCACUACCUCCUCACGAUGCCUUCUAUUCAACACUAACCAACUCUAAUAUUACAGCUGAAGAAUAUGCCUACUGCCAACAGRUCUGGGCUGACAACAACAUGCAAACAUUUCGUGACUUCUUGGUUUGGUAUAACAACAGAGAUGUGGUUCCUUUCUGCGACGCAUUGGACAAAAUGUCAACUUUCUGGCGAGAAAAGAGAAUCGAUAUGCUGCGACAAGGUAUCUCCAUUCCAGGAGUAACUCUAACCUACUUGUUUAUGACACUGGAACCAGACAUCUUCUUCUCMCUAUUUGAUGAAAAGAACAAAGAUCUUUACUAUUCCUUCAAGAGUAACAUGGUUGGUGGGCCAAGCAUUAUUUUCCACCGAUACCACGAGGCUGGUCAAACCAAGAUCCGCGAGAAAGAGAUGAAAGAACAAGGGAAACAACCAAAAGUUUGUGAAAAUGUGGUCGGCUACGAUGCCAAUGCUCUCUACCUGUGGGCGAUUAUGCAAGAAAUGCCUACUGGAGCUUAUGUGAGAAGAAGAGAGGAGAAUGGGUUUAAAAGAGAAAGUUCCGUCAAGUUGGCGACUGAAUGGCUAGAAUGGGAAUCUGAGAGGCGUGGAAUUCCAAUCCGUCAUCAAGUAAAUGAUACAGAGAAAAGAAUCGGAAAUCGAAGGCUGGCAGUAGAUGGUUUCCAUGGUCCAAGUCAAACAGUGUUUCAGUUUCACGGCUGUUAUUGGCAUGGAGAUAGAUGUUAUUUAAACCAGAAAGAUUUCAAUGAAGUCAGAAAGAAACCAAUGAGUGAGCUGAGAGAGGAAACCGAGGCUAACAGCAAAUACAUCAGAAACGAAGGCUACAAUCUCGUCGAGAUGAAAGAAUGUGAGUGGCGCAGAAUGAAAAGAACAGACCCUGAAAUUCAAAGAUUCCUUGAAAACAAAUUUAAUCGACCUCUGGAUCAUAGGCGAACCCUAACCACAAACGAGAUAGUUAAUGCUGUGAAAGAUGGCUCUCUCUUUGGCGUUGUCGAGGUGGACAUUGAAGUUCCCGAUGAUCUCAAGCACCACUUCAGCGAAAUGUGCCCCAUAUUUAAGAAUACCGAGAUUAGCCGUGAUGAUAUUGGGGAUUUCAUGCGAGAGUUUGCCGAAGAAGAAGACAUCAUGCCACGUCCACGGCGAAGCUUGAUUGGAAGCUACUUUGGCAAGAAAAUCCUCCUGGCCACACCUCUCCUCAAGUGGUAUUUGGAGCACGGUCUUGUGGUUUCCCACAUCUAUCAGGUGGUAGAGUAUACGCCCAAGGCCUGCUUCAAACCAUUUGGGGAAGCUGUAUCUGACGCACGAAGAGCUGGUGAUGUCGAUCCCGCUAAAGCUAUCAUCGCUGACACUAUGAAACUUAUACAUUCGUCAUAG